AUGAAGAUUGUCGCUGUGCCGUUGGCGUGCAAUGCCAACCCUGCCAAGCUUCCGUAUUUAACGUACUUGGCAUACAAGUCAACGAAGACCGCUUCUUCGGCGCCUGGCCAAGCUCCUGCACGUCCUGCCUUCUCGCAGCGUAUGAUCCUCAAAGCCUCGAAUUUUUGGAAUAGCUUGGGGCGCACGGACAAGCGCUCGCUCUUCGACUGGCGCCGACGUACAUACGUCCUGGGCGAAAAGAUCAUGGACCGCAUUGCGUAUGAGGAAUGGGCACUAAAGGGCAUUGAUCAGGUGCUUGGCCCAUCGAUGCACAACCUUGUGCGUUAUACCCAGACACACCGCCGAGGCCAGGAUACUGAAAAUGCGAAAAAGGACGAUCGUACUGUGGAGCGCGUAUCACUUUUGUACCCCCCGUCCCUAGUAUCGCCACCCACUGUGAUUGAGUCCUUGCGGCGUAUGACCACACACCGUCAGCCUUAUCACUAUCGCUACUUGUGGUACAAUGUGGCGGGCAUUGUUAUCACUUCGCCCUUGUUUAUUCUCCCUGCUGUCCCUAAUAUCAUUACUUACUAUCUUUUGUGGCGUGCAUGGAGCCAUUGGCGCGCAUACAUGGCGUCCAAGUCGGUAUUGUCUCUCAUUCAAAAAAAUCUCAUUGAGUUGCAGCCGGAAGAACGUCUUGAUAACAUUCUCGCAUCGUCACCUGACGAAAAAGUAGAAUCAUUACCUGAGGAUUGGACCAUGACUGUGCAUCCUUCCCAUGCGUCCAAGAUUCAACAUGCAUUCGAGUUGCCGGAACAGGCCAGCGUCGACCUGCGUCGCGCUUGUUCGCAGGCCAUGGCCGAUAUCCGCAAAAAGUCGUCGUCAUAA